UAUUUCUGUAUAAAUACACUAAAAUCAUUCAGAUGAGGCAUAUACCCCAGCUACUGUAGACUGUAGACGAAAGUUGUUGAAAAUGUGGAGACAGUUCAUUUUUAUGUGGAUGGUUCUGAUAGGACUCCAUGUAGCAAAAGCCGACGAAUGUUCCGAAGGUGAACUAAAAUGUGUCAGAUCAGAACAAUGCUACCCAGAGGAGUUAAAAUGUGAUGGGACUGCAAACUGUUGGGAUGGAACUGAUGAAUGUGGAUGUGACGGAUAUGAUUGUCCAGGUAACCGGCUGAAAUGCCCGGAUGAUGUUUGUGGAAAGGAAGAUGGUAAAAUGUGUGAUGGUCGUAGCGAUUGUCCACGCCACAAAGACGAACAAGAUUGUGAAUCAUGUGUUGACGAUGCUUUUCACUGUUCAAAUGAGAAAAAAUGUAUCCCUGAUGAAUGGCAUUGUGACGGAAUUGAUGACUGCGAUGGGGAAGAUGAAAAGGACUGUGAAGAAUGUAACGAUGAUGCAUUCCUGUGUACAGCAGAUAGUACAUGUAUUAGAUCGAACUGGGUAUGCGACUCAUGGCCCGACUGCAGUGAUGGUCAAGAUGACAUCGGAUGUUCAGAUGAUGGAUGUGGUAAUGAUGAUUUUAAAUGUAAACAACCUCCUCCAAGUUUUCCAAAAUGUGUUCCUGGGGAUAAAAUAAACGAUGGCACUAAUGAUUGCGGAGACUGCUCUGACGAGGCGUUUGCUGAAUCUUGUGACCCUGCGGGACCACCACCACCACCACCACCAGGACCACCAGGACCACCAGGACCAGGAGAACCACAACCACCACCGCCACCACCAGAACCACAAACACCAGCACGUAGUUUACUAAAAACCCGUGGACAAAGGAAGAAGAAAGAUGAUGGUAGAGUGAACACCGUAGCCCGCGACAGUAAAAAUGGUGAUGCACAUAAACAACCUCUGAGACGAGGCGAAUCUCAUUUGAAGGAUUACUUGCGGAAAUAUCUAUUACGCAGAGAAGAAGAAGAGGACGAAGAGGAAGAGAAGGAUCCAGAAGAAGGAGAAGACGAAGAGGAAGGUCCAGAAGAAUAGAUAAUAAAGAUAUUGAUGUACAUAGGAAACUUUUACAAAACUUAAAGAAAAAUAUAUUACGCAGUAAGACUGAUGAUAGAUUAGCUAACAGAAAUCUUGGUCGUAGAGGAAUGGAUAAACGAAGAAGGGAUAAGAAGUCGAAAUAACUUUUUCUUAACUAUACGUUUGUUCUAUUACUUAUCAUACUGCUCUAUUUUUCAUUUUUUUUCUGUAUUUCAUUUUAAAAUUAUUUCAAAGAUACCCACAAUAUUGUGCAUAGUCCAUUCGUUUGAUGUAUUUAAAGUUUUGAUUUUGCCAUUUGAUUUCAGACUUUUCUUUUUGAAUUUUCCUCGGAGUUCAGUAUUUUAGUGUUUUUACUUUUUUUUUGAUUUGGGAUCAUAUUUCGAUAACGAUAAGCAUGUUUUUAACUUUGACGACUGAAAAUGUUCGCAUCGAUACAUAUAUAUCUGUUUUACGAUAGAGAUAGAUACACAUGUAUAUUUGCAUGUGUUACAAAACAUAUAUUUUGUCUUCUACAUGUUGUUUGCAUUCGUUGUUGUUCUGAUAGUGGCCCAACUCAAUAUUUGGUGACUCAUUGUUUUGUCCUCUUACAGCACAUGCAUUCUUGAUUUUAGUUUCAUAACUUCCUACGGAUCCUAGUAAUGUGAAAAAUAUGUAUAUUUUUAGCAAUAAAUAACAUUCA